CACCUUGUUAUUCUUUCUGAACUUGGAAUUUCCCCUCACCUUAAACGAUACCGACAAAAACACAUUCAGAUUUAAUAGAAGAAAUUACCCUUUAGGCCUCCACCUUUUUUUUUAAGAAAAUAACUGACCUUCCUUUUUGUUUCUCUCUCCUCCUCAAUCUAACAAUGGCUGUAUCAAUGGGGGCGGGAACUGCCGUUAUCCUCACUCUCUCUCCUCCUCCUCCUCCAUAUGACACCACUUUUCGUCGCCGAUUCGAGAAUUUAAACGUAAAAUCGUCUCGCAUUUUUGGUGUUUCUCGUACUUUGCGUUCUUUUAAAUUUCGCGUUUUCAGUAUUUCUGAAGGUCCUAGUCAGGGAGACUUUUAUGGAAGCAGCAAUGAUGUUUCAUUGACGCCUCCAUCCGUAAUAACUUUUGUGAAAGGAUUGCUGAAAUUUGUGAUCUCUAACCUUUUACCGCUGGCUCUGGUUGGUGGCGUAGCUCUUGGCUUCAGCAGUCCUGUACUGGGUUGUUUAGCUCAUAAGUAUUCCUUAUCAAAAUUUAUCACAUGUUGGCUUUUCUUUCUUUCAGGACUGAAAUCACAGGAUGGUGAUGUCAAAGAAGUUUUUCAGGCUUGGCCUGCACUUUUAUAUGGGCUUGCUUCCAUCUUGCUGGUGUGUCCAAUCUUUUCAAAGCUGAUUCUCAAAGUCCAGAUGGUACCACAGGAGUUUAUUACAGGGACGGCAAUUUUUAGCUGUAUGCCUGCAACAUUGAAUGGAGGAGUAGCGCUUACACAACUUGUAGGUGGGAAUGCUGCUUUGGCUCUUGUCCUGACAAUAACAUCUGUUCUUCUAGGGAUUUUGAUUGUGCCUCUUUGGAUCACAAAGUUCUUUGCUGAUGGCUAUGGUAUAACAAUUCCGACCUGGCCGCUGUUUCGAAGUCUUGUUCUUAUCCUUGUAGUUCCUCUAAUUUUGGGAAAGGUAGUGCGGAAUUUGUUCCCUGAUGUAGCAAGGUUUGUUGAACGGAAUGAGAAGCUUUUCUCUAUCACCACUUCCAUUCUCCUUGGUUUUUUUCCAUGGAUGCAAGUGAGCAAGUCACGACAAUUACUCUUGCUGGUUAAGCCUGAAAUCUUUGUUUGUGCUAUUCUACUUGGAGUACUUGUGCAUUUAAGUUUGUUGGUGUUUAAUGGAACCUUGGUGAGAAUUUUAUCUGUUGGAUCAUCUUCUGGGAGCUCAGUAUUUCUAAAGCAAGAAAAUAGAAGGGCUUUGAUGUUGGUUUGCAGUCAGAGAUCCUUGCUUAUUGCAACAGCUGUGGUGGAGCAACUUGGAGGCGUAUUAGGUGAAUCAGGCUUGCUGCUUUUGCCUUGCGUUGCAGCCGACGUGAACCAGAUCAUAAUUGAUUCACUUCUAGUUAACUUCUGGAUCCGAAAGGAUGAGUCAUGCGACAUUGCGAAGAAACCCUGAGGCUUGCUUGACAGAGUGCAUUGAUUGCUGCGUUCCCUUUCAUUCCAUGAUAGAAGAAGUUAAAAAUGUAUACAAGGAAAUUUUCAAAGAUUCAAAUGUAUAUAUAUUAAUUCUUUCAAGAAAUGUACAUAAAUUUUGCAUCUGUUACCAUUGCCCUUCUAUAAAUUCAGAUAAGGUUUAUAUGAUUGGUUUAAUCACUUGGUUAAGACUCACAGAAGAGUGUAUACAGCUUUAGUAGAAUUAGUGUGACUAAACUUUGACGAGAUUUUUUGAAGGAACGAGAUGAUAUCGGUAGGAAGGAUGUUUAGUUACUUAUAAGUUUUUAUAGUUGUUUGAUUUUGGGGUUUAUUCUCAAGAAACCAUCUUUUAGAACCCCAGUAAAUGGCGGAAGAAAGGUGAAAAUGAUAUUGUUAUGCUCAGGUUCCACACUAAAAUCUCCACAUGCUGUUGACCUGUUGUAUGUGAGGGUUGUGGAAAUUAAGAUCAUUUGCAACCCUGGUAGUCUAAUUUAAAGCUGAAAGUAGUGCAAAUCAUGUGUUGCCAAUUCGUUAAGCUAUCAUCUAUGCUAGUCAUCAGAUUGUAGAAAGGGUCACAGAAUGAUGUUGAACUUGUUUGAUGCAUCGUUCCAUUGUAUAAAUUAUAUCCAUUUGUCUCCUGAUCCUCACGUGAGAAAAUUUUCAUUUUAUUUCUUUGUACUUUCCUUUGGAAUUAAAUAGCAUCAUAAAACACUAUGAAGGUACAUGUAAGUUACCUAAGUUCCGAGCAUCCAGCCUAUCAAAAAAAUCAUCCCCUAGUUUAGAGGAGGUGGAAUAGGGUAAGGGAUGGAAAGAUGAAUAUUAGAUGUACUAAUUUGUUACAGGCUUUUGUGUUAUACUUCAUAAAAUAGCGUCUCUAGUAAUCAUAUAAAGCAAUGCUUAGUACUUUAGUUGCU